AGAGAGAAAGGGAGAGAAAAAAACAGAACAGAGCAGCAGAAAUGUCGGAGCCAAAAGACCCGGCAAUCAAGCUAUUUGGAAAGACGAUUCCUUUGCCAGAGAUCUCUCAUGGAGGUACUGGUACUAGUACUGCUUCUGCUGCUACUAGUGGUGGUGGUAGUAUUUCUAUGGAUGAUGAUAGUCAAGAUCAGGACCGUCCAACUUGUGCAAGUUCUUCACUCGAAGAGAGCAAUACAAAAGGAGGAGAUGGAGAAGAGAGAGAAAGUGAUAAGGAUGCAGGUGGAGAAACACCACUGGAGAGUAAACAGGAAAAUGGAACCCCGACUGUGACUGCAGAAGAGUCGUCAAAUCCGGAUGCAGGGAUAAGUGACAACCCUAAAACAUCUUCUGUUGAGAAAGACAACUCCACUUCACAAACUUCAAAGACAGAGGAAGAACAGAGUGAUACAAGCAAUUCACAAGAAAAGACUCCAAAAAAACCUGACAAGAUCCUUCCAUGCCCUCGCUGUAAUAGCAUGGAUACCAAAUUCUGUUACUAUAAUAAUUACAAUGUGAAUCAACCACGACAUUUCUGCAAGAAUUGCCAAAGAUACUGGACAGCUGGAGGGACUAUGAGGAAUGUGCCGGUUGGUGCUGGUCGUCGUAAAAACAAGAACUCAGGUUCUCAUUACCGUCACAUAACUGUCUCUGAAGCUCUCCAGAAUGUUGGGACUGAUAUUCCAAAUGGUGUUCACCAUCCUGCACUCAAAAGCAAUGGAACAGUCCUCACCUUUGGCUCAGAUACCCCACUUCAUGAAUCAAUGGCUUCUGUGUUAAAUCUUGCAGAAAAAACUAUGCAGAAUAGCCCAAGAAAUGGGUUUCAUAAGCCUGAAGCAUUAAGGAUUCCUGUUUCUUAUGGAGGUGUAGGAAAAGGGGAUGAUAAUUCAAACGGACCUUCAGUAAUGGCAUCAAAUUCGAAGGAUGAUGCAAACAAAAUUGGGUCACAAGAGACAAUGGUACGUAAUGGCCAGAGCUUUCAACCUCAGGUACCGUGUUUUCCUGGCACUCCCUGGCCUUAUCCUUGGAAUUCAGCUCAGUGGAGCUCGGCCACCUGUCUUUCGCCGGUAACCCCACCUGCCUUUUGCCCUCCAGGAUUUCCUAUGCCAUUCUAUCCUACAGCAGCUUAUUGGGGUUGCACCGUACCAGGCACUUGGAACAUGCCAUGGAUUCCUCAACCGUCUUCUCCAAACCAAACUGCAACCCAAACUGCAACGAGCUCUGGACCUAACUCUCCAACCUUGGGGAAGCAUUCAAGGGAUGAGAACGUGCAAAAACCAAACAACUCUGGAGAAGAACCAGGAAAAGAAAAUAAUGCUGAAAGAUGCAUUUGGAUUCCAAAAACAUUGAGGAUUGAUGACCCUGGAGAAGCUGCAAAAAGUUCCAUAUGGACAACACUUGGGAUUACGAAUGACAAGGUUGAUUUUGUUGGCGGGCGAGGAUUAUUUAAGGCCUUUGAGUCAAAAGGUGAUGAAAAGCAUCGCACAACUGAAGCCUCUCCACUAUUAAACGCCAAUCCUGCAGCAUUGUCUCGAUCACUCAAGUUCCGUGAGAGUUUGUAAUUCGGGUAGCAUACAAACUUGAAAUUUGUUUUUACAUCCUUGAGCUGCAAACAGAUUGGCGUAAUUUGGACCAGCUAUGUAAACUAAAGGGUCGUAUUUAAUUACAGGCCUCAUUUGUAAGUAUCGUUUAUCUUCGCAGUCAUGUUAAGAGGAAGAGCAUAGGAACUAGAAAGCCAUCAUAGCUUAGGAGAAGUAGCCAUGCACUGAAGUACUGAACUAUUCAUCUUUUUUGGUUGGUUGCCAGUCCAGGCAGAUGCUUUUUGUUUCGGGUAGAUGGUUAGCCAAGUUCGUGUACAUAUUUAUUUAUUUAUAUAUGAUCUAUAUAUAGAAUGUUAAGAGAUUGAGAGCUUAGGGGCAAAGUUGAGUUUGUGACUUUGUGCAACCAUAAGUCCCAUUUGUACUAAAAUAAAUUUGGGAAAUGAAAAUCCAGCUCCUUUUUGUUGGAA